GGGGGUUGGUGGCAUAGAGGGAGGUGGCGGCGGGAUUGGCGUGCUUCUUCCCGAAGAGUUUGCUGAAGGUGCCCUGCACCGUCUGGUUCUUUUUCAUGCUGCCGCAGGCCGCGCGGACCCCGGGGAAGGACCUUCCCUCCCUCGCCCUGCCCUGCCCGGGACUGAACUCCGCACGGUCUCCCCAGGGGACUCCACUAGGCCAUGUCCCCCGCCGUCCUCCCGGCCCGCGCACCGGGCGACAGGUGCUGCGGGCGCCGCCGCUCUCCGGGAAAUGCGAGCUACCUGGACAGGACUCACAGAAACCGGUACCCAGCUGUGGGUCAAAGGCACCAUCAGGCAAAAGGGCGAAGGCACCACCCUCACCCCUGUCCCGGAAGUGGACGCAGGACCGCAAGCAGUCUCUGGCAACAGCCUACGUGCCGGUGGUGGUGGCCCCUCAGGGGCAGAAGGUGGACAAGCUCAGGUUCCAUUUCUACACUUCCCAGUAUUCCAACUCCCUGAACCCCUUCUACACCUUGCAGAAGCCCACCUGCGGCUACCUGUACCGCAGGGACACAGACCACACCCGCAAGCGCAUUGACGUGCCUCCUGCCAACCUGGUCUUGUGGUACUCCUAGGCCUGGGACGGCAGAAGCCCCUGCCCUGCACCCUCACCCCUGUGACCCUGGGUCCCAGAAGGGAAGGGCAGCUCACUCCCGGAAGAGCAGUGUUACCUGGACAGGCCAGCCGUGUCAUGCCCCGCUGUUGACAAUGGAGAGAGUGGUCGCUCAGCAGCAAUUAAAGCUUGGUCUUCCCUUCCUUGGCAUCUGAAUGGGGGGCUGUGGGCUGGUAAACGGAGGCCAUGGGGUGUGGUAUGGCAAGGUUAUGUCCACAGGGGCCUGAAGUCUUGGCAGAACUUAUUCUCAGUUACAUCACCCCAAGAGUUACCCCAACCCCUCUCCAGAGCCUGAGUCCUGAGCGAAGCCCACGCUGGCCACAGAGCUCCAGGGUCGGGCAACCCCUCCAGAGGUAAGAAAGAGACUCACCAGUUGACCCCUGCUUUUAUGAGGUUGUCUUACCCAAGGAUGGAGCGGCCAUUGGAGGAUGGGAAGAACCACAGGAAGAAUACUCCAUCUUUCGGGAGCCUCUCCAGUUCCCCUAAAUGCAGAGGUCUCCUCUGACUUGUGGUUUGCUGGUGAGGGAUGAAGUCCCCAUCCCAGGUCUCUCCUGGGUCCAGAAGAGAGAGAGCUGGGUCCAAGACUAAUUAGGCUCAUGGGCCAAGGGGCAUAGAAGGGGAGUGGAGGCAGGUCCAAGCGAGCCUCAGGUCAUGGCCCACCCAGGGUGACUCCAUGGUGUGCUGGGGCCAGCUCUUGUUGGCCUGUGAAAGCUGAUUGUGCCCACUUCUUCCCAACUCCAUGACCAGUGACUUUAUGAAAUCAUCCAUUGCAAGAGUGUUCAUGCAAAGAAAAUUGGCAAAUGCCUACAAAUUGGAGGUUUUUUCCCACAGAGUGUGAGUCAAUAUUUGCCAUCAGGCCAGGGUUUCGUUCCUGGGAAUCACAUCUCACUGGGCAUAGUUAUGGCAGCGUAUGCAAUGGAGCAUAAUGCUUGCAUACAGAGGUUGGGCUGGUGUGAGGAAGGGGACCAGAUGCCUUUCUCGAUCAAGCUGCCCCGUCUCCUUUCUCUGAAAAGAAGAUGGUAGGCGGAGAGGAGGGGAGAACCCCUAGAGAGAGGCCGCACUGAUGGCUGGGAGUCCGAGCCUUUGCCUGCUCAUUGUGGGCUCUCUUUCAAGUUUGAGGCUUUCCCCAAAUGCCUGGCAAUCCUUGGCUGGAACCAGGCCACUUGGCAAUCCCUUUUGCCUGGUGCCAGUGUUUAAGGAGCUAAGCCUGGGAAGGAGUAGGGGUGGUGUCUACAGACUGGGGCUUCUCUAGUCCGAAUCUCCAGAAUAGCCUUUAUCCAGGAUCAGGAGGGGAUUGACCCCUAGAGAUGCCUCAUAGACGUGCUGCCUAUGGGCAUCUGGGGAACUCAUUGCCCCUUGUAUAAAGAAAAAAAAUUUUUUUUUUUUGUACCAGGGAUUGAACCCA